AUGUACUUCUACUUCAUGUUCUACUACUUCAUGUACUUCUACUUCAUGUACUACUACUUCAUGUACUUAUACUUCAUGUACGACUACUUCAUGUACUUAUACUUCAUGUACUACUACUUCAUGUACUUAUACUUCAUGUACUACUACGUCAUGUACUUCUACUUCAUUUACUUCUACUUCAUGUACUUCUACUUCAUGUACUUCUACUUCAUGUUCUACUACUUCAUGUACUUCUACUUCAUGUACUACUACUUCAUGUACUUAUACUUCAUGUACUACUACUUCAUGUACUUCUACUUCAUACACUUCUACUUCAUACUUCGCAGUUUGCUGAAGCAGUUGGAGGAGAAGGAGGUCAACUUUGAGGAAAUUAAAAAUAACUUGGAUAUAACUGCGUCUCUGCUGGAGGCCGUGUACUUAGAUGGAACCAGGCAGACCCUGGAGUCAGAGGAGGACCUGCUGCAGUCUGAGGACGUGCCAACGGAGGUCACUGAUUGGCUGUCGUCCACCUUCACUCAGAAAAUCAGACCCACGAGAAAAACCGACGAGAAGCACAAGUUCCGCAGCAUCGUUCAUGCCGUUCAGGCCGGGAUCUUUGUGGAACGGAUGUUCAGGAGGUCGUUCACCAUCGCUCUGCCCGAGCAGCCGCCAGACAUCGUUGCCCACCUCCGGGACGUGGAUCGCUGGAGCUUUGAUGUCUUCUCUCUGAACGUGGCGAGCGCUGACCAUGCCCUCAGGAGCCUCUUCUGUGAACUCAUCGCCAGAUACGACCUCAACAACAGAUUUAAGAUCCCCCUCUCCUGCCUGACAGAGUUGCUGGGUGCUGUGGAGAGAGGAUACAGUAAACACAGAAACCCGUAUCACAACCAGCUGCACGCGGCCGACGUCACCCAGACCCUGCACUGUCUGCUGCUGCGCUCCGGCCUCGUGCACUGGUUGUCGGAGCUGGAGGUCAUGUCCUGUUUAUUCGCUGCAGCAAUUCAUGACUUUGAACACACAGGAACCACCAACAACUUUCACAUCCACACUCACUCUGAGUUAGCUCUAAUCUAUAACGACCGCUCGGUUCAGGAGAGUCAUCAUCUCAGCGCCGCCUUCCGCCUCCUGCAGAACGACAAACUCAACAUCUUCAUCCACUUAACACGAGACGAAUGGAUGUAA